AUGGGUGGCGGUGGCUGGUGGUAUGUACCAAAGGUAUGGUCUCCUUCGGGAGGUUGGUGGUGUAAUCCUCCCAAUUGGAAGCGAAACACCGCCGUUGGCUACUUGGUAGUAGGCGUGUUGACGGCCUGUGUCUUCAAGAUCUCGGCCGACAAUGAACGUCGACCGGUCCCUCCCCGCGUCCACAUUCCCAGUCAAUACUGGUGCAAGCACGCCAAAGAAGAUGACCCACGUCUUGCCUAA